AACUGCCCUCAAGCCGAAGGGCGUGGCUUUAGCAGAGUCUCUCUGUACCUGAGUCUGAGAGCUGGACUUUGACUGGAGAACUUGGAGGAAACAGGAAAAAACUAAAACACAACUUCACAAGAUGAGAUGACUGUGUAAUGGUGUGUGGAUAUCUUUGAAGACAUGGCGAGUGAUGCAAGCACCCUUUCCUGGAAGGUACCCACCCAGGACUGGGAUGGAGGCAUCAAAAGCCCUGACCUGGGUCCUGUUGGUGAUGGUGUUCCUGUAAAAAUCAUCAAAGUGUGCUUCAGCAGCAGCAACAAUCUCAGCAAAAACUUCAAACUGGUCAAAUGUGACAGCUCAUGGCAGAUCAAGACAAUUAUCCAGUCUAUUCUGAUCAGUGGGCGUUUGGGCCCAAAUGUGCAAAACCCAGGAUGCUUUGGGCUGAGGCUCAAACACCUCAAAUCUGAGGAGGUCCACUGGCUUCAUCCAGACCUGACUGUAGGAGAGGUUCAGCAAUGCUACGAGAGCCAUCACGCAGAGGCCGAAUGGAAAUAUGAUCUUAGGAUUCGCUACAUUCCCACUGAUUUCAUGAAGAGGUUAAAAGAGGACAGGACGUUCCUUUUGUAUUUCUAUCAACAGGUGCGUUGUGACUACAUGCAGCAUCAUGCUAGCAAAGUUAGCGACGGCAUGGCACUUCAGCUGGGAUGUUUGGAGAUCAGGAGGUUUUAUAAAGACAUGAAUGCCAAAGGUCUAGAGAAAAAGUCCAACUUUGACCUGCUAGAAAAAGAUGUUGGUCUGGACCUGUUCUUUCCUAAGGGACUUAUUGACAGUAUGAAGCCCAAACUACUCAGGAAGCUCAUCCAGCAAACAUUUCAGCAAUAUGCAUUACUUAAAGAGGACGAGAGUAUGAUCAAGUUCUUCGAGACCUAUGGGGAAUUCUCCAACUUUGACGAGGAAAUAUUUCCUUGUGAGCUAGUGCAAGGUUGGAGUUUAGCUGUGGAUUUAGUCAUUGGUCCCAAAGGCAUUCGGCAGCGUACCAAAGCAGACUCCACCGCUGUUCGCCUUGCUGAAUUUAAACAGAUCCGAAGUAUCAAGUAUAACACACAGAGUGAUGGCAGAACAUUAUUACUUAUUGAAAUUGAGGGUGCCAAACAGCCUCUUUCCAUCAGUGUGGCUUCUUUGGCCAUUGCGGAGAACAUGGCUGAUCUGAUCGAUGGCUACUGUCGGUUGCUUAACCACACAGACUCAUCUUUGAUAGUUGGUCCAAAUAAAAUAAAAUCUCCUAAAGGUGUACAGUUGCGCAACUCUCUUCCUGAAAUUCCCUCUGGGAAGAAGACAGAAAGCUUCAGAUACAGCAACUCUGAUAUAUACUGUGAAAUCCCAGAUGAAAAGCCGCCACCACCUGCAAAGGUUGGACUUUCCAGAAAAGAUAUCAACCUGAAACGUAUGCUGGGUGAAGGCUUCUUUGGGGAGGUUCAUGAAGGAGUUUACCAGAAAAAGAAUGGGGAGAAUAUUAGUGUUGCGGUGAAGACCUGUAAGGAUUGUGCGCCUGAUGUCAGAGAGAAGUUCAUGGGUGAAGCUGUCAUCAUGAAGAACCUGGACCAUCCACACAUAGUGCGACUGAUUGGAGUGAUUGAGGAAGACCCUGUGUGGAUUGUCAUGGAGCUGUGUCAGCAUGGGGAGCUGGGAAAGUACUUCACAAAAAAUCAGCCGAGUUUGACCAGCGUAACUCUGGUACUCUUCAGCCUACAGAUCUGCAAAGCUCUUGUUUACCUACAGGGAAUGAACAUGGUCCACAGAGACAUAGCUGUACGAAAUGUGCUUGUUGCCACACCUGAGUCGGUGAAGCUGGGUGACUUUGGCCUUUCCAGAUACAUAGAGGAAGAAGAAUAUUACAAAGCAUCUGUUACUCGUUUACCGAUCAAAUGGAUGGCUCCUGAAUCUAUUAACUUCAGACGCUUCACCGCGGCCAGUGAUGUGUGGAUGUUCGCUGUGUGCGUGUGGGAGAUUAUGAGCCGAGGUAAACAGCCGUUCCACUGGCUGGACAACCGUGAUGUGAUUAACCAGCUGGAACAGGGCAACAGGCUGCCCAAACCUGAGCAGUGCCCUCCUGCCCUGUACUCUCUCAUGACCCGCUGCUGGAGCUACGACCCCCGCGAGAGACCCACCUUCACCGAGCUAGCAUGCAACAUCAGUGAUGUCCACCAAAUGGAGAAGGAGUUAGAGGUGGAGAGAGAGAGAGACAAAGCUCGUAACACCCGGAUCCUGGAGCCCAAGCUUAACAUUAGUGAACCUCCACCAAAACCUUCCAGAGUCAAUACUAGCCGCUUCGGAAAUACCCUUGGUGUCGGGCUACAUCUUCAGCUUAAUGAGGCUUUAUGUGCCAGUUCACCAGACCUGGCCAGCCCGUGUGAUUACCAGUCACCUGUGGACUCAACUAACAUCCUCUCCGUAACCACAUCCCCACCCCGUCGCCGCAGUCUUGGGGAGGGUGAGUUUAGUUUCAGGCCGACCAGUAAGGAAGAUGCUCAGCAGCUGUGGCAGGAAGAGAAGGAGCGCAUGCAGGAUACUUUGAUGAUGCAGAAAGAACAGAUGGAGGAGGACACAAAAUGGUUAAAGGAGGAGGAGAAGCUUCUGGACCCAAUGGUUCAUGAAUACACAGCUAUUGAGACACCUGAACCGCCAAUUAGUUAUGCUGAGCUUCGUCAACCUCCUUCAAAACCACCCAGAACUACAGUGCAGCCUGCACCUACAGCCGAGCUGGACCGCUCAGAGGACAGUGUGUACCAAUGUGUCAUGGAUGUAGUGAAAGUGGUAGUGCAGCUGAAAAACGACAUCAACACACUGCCGUCUACUGAUUACAUUUCUCCAGUCAAGACUGUUGGACUGUCGUUAAGAAAUCUGAUCAACAGUGUGGAUGAUGUACUACCAACUCUGCACGUUUCCUGUAAAACAGAGAUCGAAGGCACUCAGAAGUUGUUGAAUAAGGACUUGGCUGAGCUCAUCAGUAAAAUGCGUCUGGCCCAGCAGAAUGCCAUCACCUCUCUGAAGGAAGAGUGCAAGAAACAGUUGCUGGCAGCGGCCCACACUUUGGCCAUGGAUGCCAAGAACCUGUUAGAUGCUGUAGACCAGGCCCGAGUGCGCUCAAACUUGGCCAAACCCAGACCUGAGGACCCAAAUUCACAGACAGACUAGAAGAGCAGCUUGGGACAUGCUGACUCACAGCUUGAGUACAAAACAGACUGAUUCAUCUGUAUAAGACUGCAGUGCAGUAAUUGGGCAAAAACAACACUAGUGUGGUACAUGAAACAGCCAAUAGAAAUUCAGGCAACUGUUGUACUGCUGUCAUAUCAUGUUAAGUGUUUCAUGUAAACAUUUAUGAUUGAGAAAACCAGGCAAGCCAUAGAGGAAUUCCAGAAAUCAGGGUUAACUUACGGUCACAUAUACCCAGAACUAGUUGAUUAACCCAAAGAAAUAUGUUCCAAAAAUGUAUCUAUCUUUUAAUAUUUAGUCAGCAUUUUUAAUACUGUGAAAAAUAAAAAUACAAAAAUUGGUGUAUGUAAGAUUCAAUGAACAAAAACAAAAUUGUGCUUGCUGUUUCCUUCAACAUUUGAUGUAAUGUUUGGUAUUUUUAUAAUAAAAAUACAUUGUAAAAAUGUCCUGUAGAAAAAAAAAACAUUCUGAAUGCAUAUUCACAUUGUGUGUGAUGGGAAUAAAUUUGAGUAAAAUAAAAUAAACGUUGAUUUA